CAUGUGCGGGCCAAGAUGGCGGCGCCCAGGGCGGCCUAGCGCAGGGGGUCCGUGGUGACGCUCGGAGGAGGCCGGACGGCGCGGGGCCGCGGAGUCAGGAUGCUGUCGAGGCCCAAGCCGGGCGAGUCGGAGGGAGACCUGCUGCGGUUCCAGAGUCAGUUCCUGGCGGCGGGCGCCGCCUCGGCCGUGCGCGUGGUGAAGGCGGCGGGCGGAGGGGACCCCGCCGAGGAGCGGCCGCGGGCCCAGCGCGACGUCGUGACGCUAGACGCGCUCCCCGACCUCCCUCCGGCCCUGACCCCCGCUCCGCCGAAGAGGCCGCGGCCCGGCCCGGGCUGCCCGCCGCCCGAGGAGCAGGACGCCGAGGAGCGGGUGGACCGGCACGACCGCCACGUCACCGCCGUCUUGAGCAAGAUCAUCGAAAGAGACACAAGCACCAUGGCCGUGACCCUGCCUCUACCCACCGGGACCGCCUUCCCCCAAGUCUUCCAUCGCUCCCAGUGGGCCAACCAGGGCAAGUUGACCACAACCGGGAAGAGAAGCAUCUUUGCCCAGGAGAUCGCAGCCAGGAGAGCGGAGGAGGCCGGGGACCCGUCCAGGGACGGGGCGGUGCCCGACCAGGGUUCGCAGGAAGGAGGGCCGCCGGGCAUUCCAGGGGAGACGGGAACCCAGCAAGACGCCCUUAUCGCCACCGGAGAGGGCCUCGCGGUCCCCGAGAGCCGGCGGGAAGCCCAAACCAUCGGCGCGGAGAAUGAGGCUAGGCUGGAGGCCAUGGACCCCGAGGAGAUCCUGCGAGAACAGCAGCAGCUGCUCUCCCAACUGGACCCCAGCCUGGUAGCCUUCCUGAGGUCCAGGGGUGGUAGCGCCAGCCAGACGGAGCCUCGGAGCGGAGGGGAGCCGAGGUCAGAGGCAUCGUUUCCGCCGGCCCCGAGGCCCGGCCCCGGCAGGGAGCCCACGGAGCCGGAACCCGCCGGAACUGAGGAAUCCUUGGAACCGGAGCCCAAACCAGCCCCGGCCCUGCCCGUGACGCCCCGCCGGGAGUGGCUCCACAUGGACACCGUGGAGCUGGACAAGCUCCAGUGGACGCAGGACCUGCCCCGGCUCCGACAGCAGAGAACGCGGGAGGGCCUGCAGGCGCGCUUCAGCCUGCAAGGGGAGCUUCUGGCCCCGGACGCCGACCUACCCACCCACCUGGGCCUGCACCACCACGGGGAGGAGGCGGAGAGAGCAGGCUACUCUCUGCAGGAGCUCUUCCACCUGUCCCGCAGCCAGGCCUCUCAGCAGAGGGCACUGGCCCUGCAGGUCCUGGCCCGAGUGGUCCACAAGGCCCAGGCGGGCGAGUUCUCGGGCCGACUGUCCGGCAGCGUCCUGCGACUCCUGUUGGACGCCGGCUUCCUCUUCCUGCUGCGCUUCUCUCUGGACGACGGGGUGGACGGCGUCAUCGCGGCGGCCGUGCACGCCCUGCGGGCCUUGCUGGUGGUCCCCGGGGACGAGGAGCUCUUGGACACCACCUUCUCCUGGUACCAGGGAGCGGCCGCAUUCUCCCUGAUUCCCAGCCAGGAGGAAGAGGACGACGAGGACGACGAGGAGGAAGGGGGCAUCCCCGCAGAAGCGGCCGGGAGGCAACAACCCCGGGAGCAGAAUCGGCCCCCGGCGGACGUGGCGCGCCGUGACGUCAUCAAGGGGCUGCUGACCACCCGGCUGUUGCCGCGGCUACGCUACGUGCUGGAGGUGACCUGCCCCGCGCCCUGCGUGGUGCUGGACAUCCUGGCCGUGCUGACCCGCCUGGCCCGGCAUUCCCUGGAGUCGGCCACCAAGAUCCUGGAAUGCCCGCGGCUGAUGGAGACGCUGGUGCGGGACUUCCUGCCCUCCAGCUGGGCCCCGGUGGGGCCGGGGCCGGGGCCCGUCCGUCUGCACGGCCUGCCCUGUGCCGCCGCCAUGAAGCUGCUGCGCGUCAUGGCGUCGGCCGGCAGGAACCUCGCCGCCCGCCUGCUGGGCGGAUUUGACCUGCGGAGCCGCCUGAGUCGCUUUGUGGCCGAGCCCCCCGCGGAGCUGGCCCUGCCCGUCCAGGAGGCCGAGCGGCUGAGCACCGAGGCCUUCCGCCUCUGGGCUGUGGUGGCCGCUUACGGCCAGGGCGGAGACCUGUACAGGGAGCUCUACCCAGUGCUGGUUCGGACAGUGCAGGCCCUCCCCCAGGAGCUGCGCCUCCGCCCCCCGCACGGACCGGCCAUACAGCGGGCCGGGGCCAUCGUCACCCUGCUGACCCACCUGACCCAGGCGUCCGGCGUCAGCAGAGAGCCACAGGCCGCCCCUGGCGGAAAUGCCACCGGGUCCGCCACGCCUCCGCUCACCUGGGCCCAAGUGUCCGGACUCCGCACCCUGGUGGAGCCGUGUCUGCGCCUGGCCCUGCGGGAGCUGCCCGAGCCGGGGACCUGGCCGGCCCUGGCCCCGCUGCCCACCGCCUGCCUGGUCUUCCUGGGGACCCACUUCCGCGUCUGGAGCCAGCAGCCCCAGCUCUGUCCCAGCGACUAUCUGCAGGAGGCCGAGCGUCUGCUGAAGGAGGUGCUGCUGCCCCUGCUGAACGAGCCCGCCCUGCGGAGCCAGUGGGACGCCCUCAGGACCUGCUCCCCGCUCUGCAACCCGCUGUCCUGCGCCCCGGCCCCCGAGGCCACCCCCAGCCUCGUGUCCCUGGGCUGUGCGGGGGGCCGCCCCCCUCUGAGCCUCGCCGGCUCCGCCUCGCCCUUCCCCUUCCUCACCGCCCUGCUCUUCCUCUCCGACACCCUCGCCCGCAUCCACAAGGGCCUCUGUGGCCAGCUGGCGGCCGUGCUGGCCCCCCGAGGACUCCACGAUUACUUAGUCGAGAGCACGGCCCCCUCCCUCGCCCCCCGGCCCACCCCCUCCUCCGCCUGGGCCCUGCGGCACGAAUACCACCUGCAGCACCUGGUCCUCUCCCUGGUCCAGAGAGUGGCCGGGCUGAGACCGGACCCGGCCCCGGAAGUCGCCAGGCUCCAUCACGGCGUGGCCCUGUCCCUGCUGAGCCGCCUGCUGCCCGGGAGCGAACAUCUGGUCCAGGAGCUGCUGCUGGGCAGCAUCUUCCGGCUGGACUUCUUCCCGGAGCGGGCGGCAGGGGGACCCGAGGCAGCGGACUUCUCCGACCGGCUGCAGCUGGAAGGCGACGGGAGCCCCGGGGGGGAGGGGCGGGGGGCCCUGCUGGCCGCCGCCUGUGAAGACCUCCCCGCCAUCCGGGCCUGCUACCUGGCCCACUGUGCCCCGCCCCGCCCGGCCCUGCUGACCUCUCAGGCCCUGUACCGGGGGGAGCCCCUCCGCACGUCCGGCCUGCUGCUGCCCGCGCCCCGGGAGCCCCUCCUGCCCGCGGACUGGUCCUUCCUGCCCCUCGUCACCCUCUACCACCGGGCCACGGGCCCCACCCCGGAAGCCCUGCCGCCCGACGCCCCGGGCACCGCCACCCGGGCGCUGCAGUGGCUGCUGGUGUUGGAGAGCUGGCGGCCCGAGGCCCUGCGGGCCGUGCCCCCCGCCGCCCGGCUGGCCCGCCUCAUGUGCCUGUUCCUGACGGGCAGCGAACUGUUCCGCGAGGCCCCGGUGCAGCGCCACACGUGGGCCCUGCUGCGGCGGCUCUGCCGGCCCCGGGCCCUGCCCGCCCUGCGGCUGGACCGCCCCCUGCCCGGCCUGGCCUCGUUCCCCGACCUGUUCGCCGGCCUCCUGGAGCAGUUCGAGGCCGUGUCCUUCGGAGACGCCCUCUUCGGCGCGCUGAUCCUGCUGCCUCUGCAACGCCGCUUCGGCGCCUCCCUGCGUCUCACCCUCUUCGGGGAGCACGUGGGGGUCCUGCGGGCGCUGGGGCUGCCCCUGGCCCAGCUGCCCGUGCCCCUGGAGUGUUACACGGCCCCACCUGAGGACAAUCUACCCCUCCUGCGCCUCUACUUCCGCGUCCUGGUGACCGGCGCCCUGCGCCCGGGCUGGUGCCCAGUGCUCUAUGCCGUGGCCGUGGCCCACAUCAACAGCUUCAUCUUCUCCCAGGAAACCGCAAGCCCGGAGGUGACUGCCGCCCGCACGGAUAUGCUGCGCAAGACCUGGCUGCUGGCUGACCGGGGCCUCAGGGAGCACUUGCUGUUCUACAAGCUGCCCAGCGCGGCCUCGCCCUCCGGCUUCGAGCUGUACCCGCAGCUGCCCGCCUCGCGCCAACGCUACCUACGGAGCCAGGUCGACGGGCUGCCCGGCGACGGGCUGCCCGACGCCGGACGCCGGCGCCCCAGCCCGGCUGUCGACCGGUAGAGAGAGACGGACACGUCCCGCCGGGGACGGACGGUGGGGUCGGCCGCCCCACGGACAGACGGAGACGCGUCCCCGGGGACGGAAGACUCGACUCUUGUCAAUAAACCGCUCCCGACCUC